CGGUAGUUUUGCGGGAAGUUUGGUGUCAGACUGCUAAAUUCACGCACAGAUCUCACCAGACAACCAUCUAAAGAUGCCUCCUAAACCCAAAGCUGCUGGAGGAGGGAAACGCAGAGCUCCAGCAAAGAGGAAGCUGGCAGAUGAGUUUCCCCCAGGAGAGCUACUCACAGACACGUGGAAGAAAUCCUGGAAACUCGGGGUACCUAUCGGAAAAGGGGGCUUUGGGCUUAUUUACCUGGCCGAGGAAAACUCUGCAAAAUCUGUUGGCUCAGACGCCCGUUACGUCAUCAAAGUGGAGCCCAGUGAAAGUGGCCCCCUAUUUUCCGAGCUCAAGUUCUACAUGAUAGCGGCGAAGCCCGAGCUGAUUCAGGACUGGAUAAAGUCACACAAGCUGAAGAGUUUAGGUGUCCCCAAAUACUGGGGCACAGGAUUUCACGACGCAGGAGGGAAAAGAUACAGGUUUAUGGUGAUCGACCGACUCGGCGUAGAUCUGCAGAAGAAGUUUGAAGAAUGUGGAAAGCGGUUCCCCAGAAAAUUAGUUUUGCAGCUCGGCCUUCGCCUGCUGGACACUUUGGAGUACGUUCACGAGCAUGAGUAUGUGCAUGCUGACAUUAAGGCGUCCAACCUCAUGUUGAGCCACAGAGAUCCGAACCAGGUUUACUUGGUGGACUAUGGGCUGGCGUACAAAUACUCUCCAAACGGGGUCCAAAAAGAGUACAAGGAGGACCCCAAGAGGUGCCACGACGGGACCAUAGAGUUCACAAGUAUCGACGCGCACAAAGGAGCAACCCCGAGUCGGAGAGCGGACCUGGAGAUCCUGGGAUACUGUAUGGUCCAGUGGCUGUGUGGACGUCUGCCCUGGGAGGACAAACUGCAGGACCCCGUCUACGUGAGGGACGCCAAAAUCAGGAGUCGGGAGAACAUUCCAGAGUUUAUGACAAAGUGUUUUCCGUCGCAGGACAAACCGGGUGAGCUGCAGAGGUACCUGGAGGAGGUGAAGAAGUUGGGCUACCACGAUCGGCCGCCCUACGACAAACUCCGCUCCAUUUUACAGGCGGGACUCAAGGCUCUGAAGACCGAAGACGACGGGAAACUGGAGUUCAGCUCCGUCAACGGGGCUGCGUCGCCUAAGAAGGCGACAAAACGAAAACAAACGGCUGUAACUGAAGACGACGGCGCAGACGCUGCAGAAAGCGCCGUCAAGAAAACGAAGGUUGCUAAAAAGAAAGAGGUCAAUGGUGUGAAGAAAUCUCCCGCUAAAAGUCCCAGAGUUAAAAAAGCACUGCCUAAGUUCACAGAAAUGGCGACGCAGACUUCACCAGGACUCGCCAAAAAACCCAGAGGUCGCCCCAAGAAAUCUGCAGCCUGAGCCACACUCCUCCGUUUGAGCCGCCGCCGCCGCCUUAGAACGUCUUUUCAUUUUUUUAGAUUAUUGUAAAGUAUGAUUUUCUAUCUUAUUCUUAUGCACUGACGCU